AUGUUUCCACAGUAUGGCUUACUACUCAAGAAGCUUGAAAGAUCACGACUUGCUAUCAUCGACUUAGCAGAAUCACUCCGUCCUGGUCAUCAUUGCAUUCUAGUCCUUCCACCUGACUCCCUAACCAUUCUCGAUAACGAGCGAUCAUAUGGUGCCAUCAACAUACAUUUCCCGCUAGAGUUCGAUGAUGGUGUCAAAUGGCUGUUAAGGGUCCGACAAGCACAUCAUGGAGUACCGCCAAUUGAGAUACUCAAACAGACAGCCAUAAGUGAAGUGGUAACGCUGCAAACACUCCGAUCUUUCGGUAUGCCAGUACCUCAAGCGUGGAUUCCAAUCAAAACCAGGGUGGAAGAUGAAGGGGGUGACUUGUUUGAAGAUACUUCAAUCUGUUACUUCUUCUGUGAAUUCAUGGCAGGUAAAUCUCAGCUCAUGCCCCAUCUUACACUGCAAACAUAUCGUGAAGUGGUCGACCAUGAUCGAAGAUUGAUAGAAGAAUACGGAAGAAGUCAGAUCCUGCUUUCCAAACAUCCUAUAAAAUACACCUUAAUCGGUUCGCUGGUCCCUUCCAAUGGGCACAAUGACUCAGUGUCGGUAGGUCCUCUACUCAGCUUGUGGGGAGUAAAUAACAUCCAAGCACCUCAUUUUCCUGGUCCAUUCACGAGCAACAGACAACGGUAUUUAACUCAGAUCGACAUCGUUUUAUCGCAUAUAAGUGAAGGCGUCAUGAACGACAACGACGCCCUAAAUGCAUAUCUGUGGCACCUGACUCUCAAAGAAUUAGUAGAGACUUGUCCGGAAUUAGCUGAAGGGGUUACCGAGGUAUAUGUACGCCAUGCGGAUGCGAAAGGGAAUAUAUUAUGGGGUGAUGAUGAAGGCAAUCUGACUGCUAUCCUUGACUGGGAAAUGGCAUUUGUCACUACCAAGGCCGAAGCUUUCUCCUCUCCCUUAUUCUGCUACCAUACCAAUGCGCCUUACGAGAGACAAGAUCUGCAUACCGUCAGAGAGAAAGUUCUCAUCGACUUCUACGAUCGCUCAAAUCGUCCGGAUCUCGCUCACUGCGUUAGAAAAGGGAAGAAAUACCAAUACCUUGAAUCAAUUGGCAGAUUUCAUGGAUGGUACGUCAUGAUCUGUAUGCCAAUGGCUUUGAUGGAUGCUUUCGAAGAUACCAAACCCGAAUCACUCCAACCUCCAUUUUACGCUGAUAAGGAUUGGACCGUUUAUAUGGUCCAGCGUUAUAUCGAUAAUCCCGAACUCCAAACACUCAUCUCGAAGAUAGGAUGGGACUUAGAAGAAGAGAGGAAGAAAGUGAUUUCAUCCAGAGGAUGGGAAGAGAGAGAUCGCAAAAGGUCUGAAUGGUGGGCUUUGACGGCCGAGAAUCGACGGAGGAGAAAGUCCGAAGAUGUUGUAGCGAGGGAAAAGGCUAUGGUGGAGAAUCGACUUCGUAUAGCGUUGAAGAAGCAGAAGAAGAUGGAUGAAGGUGCUACAGGUGGAAUGGAAGUCAAAAGCAGAGUUAAGAAGAUCACUAAGUCUCAUGAUGAUACUCCGGUGACCUUUGAGGAAAAGGGACCAAAUGGCCCUGCUAAAUCAUCGUAG